UCAACAGCGUUUUGAUCGGACAUCAUUUUGAAUGGAACCUUCAGAGAGGAUGUUCUGCUGGGAACAGGAGUGGAACAUCUCUUUCGCGGGUUGUGGCUUCAGGAGUAUUUACCACAUAGGAGCCAUGAGCUGUGUCCAGGAGCGGGCUCCUCGUCUGAUUCAAGGUGCGUCCAAAAUCUGUGGAGCUUCAUCUGGAUGUCUGGUUGCUGUCGCUCUGACCGUUGGGAUUCCCGUAGAACAGUUCUGUGCUGAUGUGCUAAAAAUGGCCGGAGAGGCCAGAAGCCACAGACUGGGAGUUUUCCACCCAACAUUCAGUCUGCUCAGGAGAGUCCACGAUUCCCUGUUAGAACGACUCCCAGAGGACGCUCACCUUAAGGCCUCUGGAAAGCUGUGUGUGUCCCUCACCAGGGUGGCUGAUGGGAAAAACGUGUUAGUGUCAGAAUUUGACAGCAGAGACGAGCUUAUUCAGGUUCUCACGUGCAGCUGCUUUUUUCCUGUUUACUGUGGUUUCACUCCACCGUCGUACCGUGGAGUGCUCUACAUGGACGGAGCCUUGAGCAACAACAUGCCCCUGUUUGAGCAGAGAAACACCAUCACUGUGGCCCCCUUCUCAGGGGAGAGUGAUAUCUGCCCCAGAGAGGGAACCUUCAACUUCUUUGAAGUGCACUAUGGCAACGUCAGCAUCCAGGUCAACACUGGGAACGUGCACCGCAUCUGUACGUCCUUCCUCCCUACAACACUCCAGAAACUCGCUGAGAUUUGUCGCAACGGCUACAUGGAUGCUCUCCGUUUCUUAAGAGAAAAUGAUCUACUAGGGACAGAAAGGAUUCCUUCCAGUUUAGUGGCACACACACGCACACUCAGACCUGAGUGCUGCGCUCAGGUGAAGGACGUAUAUCGAGCAAGAGGCUCCAAGAAUGGAAUGAAGUCUGAGGAGGAGAAGGAACCCUGGCUGGAUCACAGAACCAUGGAGAACCUUCCACCUGGCAUCCAGAAAGUUCUAUUCGAGACAUGCAGAGACAGUCCUGAUCGUCCCUGCUGCUCUGCACUAACCGACCUCCUGCCAAUCAAAGUGCUCUCAUGUAUUGUGACCAUCCUAACGCUGCCGGUCAAGCUGACCUUCUCUCUCACCAACAGUGUCAUCCAGUUGGCCGGCACUGUCAUUCACACUCUUUUGACGUCAUCCAAACAUGUCUGCAGUGGAGGCAAAAAUAAUCACAGAGAUUUCUCUGAGCAGCAGCUGAGCAGCCAAUCAUCAGGUGCCGAUCACUGUCACCAGACAGUAGACAGACACGCCAUCCAGCCUUUGACUUCGUCAUCCGACUCAACGUCCAACGUAAAUCUACACUGGGACGACAACAGAAACCUAGACCUUGUCUCCUUGUCCUCCAUGAGUUCAGGACGUCCCACUCUGCAAAUAUCACAUUUGUCUAAAUGUGGUAAAAUGGCUUUAAACCAAAGGACUAGAGGGACACAUCGGUCCUGACGAGAGGUAAACAACAACGUCAGCUCGUUUGUGUCCACCAUACAUCCUAUGAUAAAACUGGGCGUUUUCUUUAAGUGUUGAACCUGAGAAGAGAACUGAAAACUCAGGUUAUAGAUUUUCAUUUUUUGGUGCUUGUUAUUGCCACUGUUGUGAUAAUGAUAAAUUGCAUUUUUUACAAACCAUUAUAGUUCACAGCAUUUGAACUUCUGCAACAAGAAGAUAAUGCAACUGGUUAUAAAACGGAAGAAGUUCUAUUACCUGUUGACCAUUCUAACCUUGGGCGCAGCUGCUGAGGUGUUAAAAGGUCAAGGGGUCAUUGUUUCCCAGACACCAGCAAACAACAAGUUUGACUGUGUCGUUUUUGGGGGACCAACAAUUAAAUCUUCAAAGACUUAAAGUUUAUGUAAAAUAAAUGUAAACUAACACAUUUGUCUUAUUUGUAUUUGUGUUCAUAUAUUUCACCUAAAUUCUUCCAGCUGUGUGAAGUUUUUGGUUGACUAGAAUUUAAAAAAUAUAUAUUUUUAAAUGUUUUUAAAUCACAUUUAAAAACAGGAGUACGUGUUGAUUAUAUUUGAUUACGAAGAUUUAACAGAAUGAAGUUUGAAAUGAUAGUCUAUUCGUUCACAACAGAAACUGUUUCUGUUCUUUACCGCGUGUCAUCGUCUUGUCUGUUAAUCUACAUCUGAUGCAUAGAUUUGCAGUUUGGUUCAAAGGUCUGAACCUUAUUACUGAUAUCAAGGAAUAGAUUUUUAUCACAAUCUUGUUUACGGGUCAAAUUGUCUCCACACUUACUGUCACAUUCAUGUUGACUCAAGUCAAACCAGCCGUGUCUAUGUCCAAUUGUGGCAUGGAGACGUUUCUAAAGCUCAUGACUUUUCUUCAAUGUCACGUCACUACUUUUCCUUGUGUUUUUGUUUUGUGCCUUUGAAGCAGACGCUGCAGUGAAAUCUAUUUAAGAUUCGAAAGUCAUUCUAGUCCUUAUGUGUUUCCAUGAUUCAUCAUGGCAGCUAAAGCCAAUCAUUAACUUGAUAGUUUUGUCUAAUUAUACUAUUUGCUUGUUUUGUCUAAUGUUGAUAUAUUUUGACUAUGUGUAGUAUGUGGUAUCUAGUAUUAUUUAACUAUUUUACUAAACUUAAAAUAAAUAUUUUACACUAUGGUUCCACAGUGUAGUGGUUAUCACAUCUGCCUUACAUGCAGGACGUCCCCCAUUGUGGGAAUAAUAUUUAUAUUAACCUGUUUAAGGAUAGCUAAAAUAAUUUGUUUAAAAUAAUAUAGUGAAUACAGUUACAUUACAAACAGCAAAGACAUUUGUCUGGAACAUAAUACAAUUAGUACGUUUGGAAACCCUUGUAUUCACUGUUACCUACUAAAUUGAAAAAAAAAACAACUAUCAAACCAUAAUGUAAAAAACGGCAUCAUCAGGAUUUUAAUAGUCAACUGUUUCAUAAAAUACAGUACUUUUAUAAAACAACAACUGUCCAAAAAAACAUCAUUCUAAAAUUCCUACUGCGGAAAAAAAAAAAAA